UCAGCUAGUCUCGUCUCCAGGACCGCCAGCGGUACUAUCCAAUUGGUUUCCCGUCCUCCAAGGUUCGCCUCCUUCCUUUAUAGCGUCUUGAUGAUGUUUUCCAGUUGCUCCCCUUCGAACUCUGCCCUCUCUUAUCUCUUCUCGCUUGUGUCAGUCAGCGCUGUUUCGAUGAACCUGGCACGCCAGCAAGACCCGGGGUCCCAGGUUUGGCCCCAAACUACACAAACCACUACGACUACCCUUGGUAUUGAUCCCAACACCGGCCAGCCCUAUACUACCCCAGUCACCAGCGAGACGUACAGUUCUAGUACUUCGACAAGUACUGCUGGUAGUCCAACCGCCACUAUUGCAGUUGAACCACUAGACGGAGAGCAUUCCGGAGAUGGAACCUUUUACACCCCCGGUUUGGGUGCUUGCGGACAGAACAACACCGAGGCAGACCCCAUAGCGGCUGUUUCGUACUUACUUUUUGACUAUUUCCCUGGUUCGACUACUAGUAAUCCUAAUAAAAACCCUAUCUGCGGGAAGAAGCUCGUAGCUCACUACACGGACCCAGACACCCAACAACAAACCACCACCCAAGAGGUAACCAUCGUAGACCGCUGUGCGGGCUGCGAGAUCCGAUGGAGCGUCGACUUCUCCCCGACUGUGUUCAGCACGCUUGCUAGUAAGACUCUAGGGAGGAUCAAUAUAACGUGGUCUUUUGUGGACGAGAUUGGUGGGGAGACGUUGGCGGUGCCGAAUACGAGUCCUGUUCAGCGCGAGUUUUCGAGAGAGGAGGGUCGUUCGCCCGAGGUUGAUUCGAAGAAGAAACAGCGUGCAAUAAGGUGGCAUAGAGAUGUGCCUUUAGAGAUUUCGUAGACUUGCUGGUGUUCCCGCAUAAUGAUACGUCCGUAGCCUGGUAACUAAGCCCUCUAACAAGGUUCUCCUUGUUAGCUUGGCUCAUAAGAAGAGGGACCGGUUCAGGUCUAAUACGUCCGCCGGGGAUGUUGAUC